CGGGCGCGGCUCGGAAGCGGCGGGGCGGAAGCGGCCGCGGCGCCGCGGCGGGGGCGGAUGCGCGGGCGGGCGGCGGGGCCGCAGUGCCGGGGGCUCCGCGGGAGAGGCGGCCAGUACCCCAAGUCCGAACAUCAAAUAUGAUUCUUUGCCUGCUACACGAAACUCCUUAAGUACUGCUUUUGCCAUUCGGCCACAUGGCUUCAACUACAAUGCAACAAGCUUUAGAACUGGCAUUGGAUCGUGCUGAGUAUAUCAUUGAAAGUGCCCGUCAGCGACCUCCUAAAAGAAAAUAUUUAUCCAGCGGAAGAAAAUCUGUAUUUCAAAAACUUUAUGAUUUAUAUAUUGAAGAAUGUGAAAAAGAGCCUGAGAUAAAGAAGCUGAGGCGAAAUGUGAAUUUACUUGAGAAGCUGGUUAUGCAGGAGACAUUGUCAUGUCUGGUGGUAAACCUCUAUCCAGGAAAUGAGGGUUAUUCACUGAUGCUCAGGGGAAAAAAUGGUUCAGAUUCUGAGACCAUUCGUCUGCCUUAUGAGGAAGGAGAGCUGCUUGAAUAUUUGGAUGCAGAGGAACUACCACCUAUUUUGGUUGAUCUUUUGGAAAAAUCUCAGGUUAAUAUUUUCCAUUGUGGAUGUGUCAUAGCAGAAAUACGUGACUAUAGGCAGUCUGGUAACAUGAAAUCUCCAACCUACCAAAGCAAGCACAUUCUUUUGCGACCUACAAUGCAGACUUUAAUUUGUGAUGUGCAUUCUAUAACAAGUGACAACCACAAAUGGACACAGGAGGACAAACUCCUACUUGAGAGCCAACUUAUUUUGGCUACAGCAGAGCCUUUGUGUCUUGAUCCUUCAAUAGCAGUGACCUGUACUACAAACAGACUCCUGUACAACAAGCAGAAGAUGAACACUCGCCCCAUGAAACGGUGCUUCAAAAGGUACUCAAGGUCCUCUCUGAACAGACAGCAAGAAGUAGCUCACUACUCAACUCCACCUCAGCUCAGACUACUUGACUACUUACAGAAAAGGAAGGAGAGGAAAGCAGCCCAGCAGUAUGACCUCAAAAUUUCAAAAGCUGGAAAUUGCGUAGAUAUGUGGAAACAGAACCCUUGCUACUUGACUGCUCCUUCUGAAGUAGAUGUGGAAAAAUAUGCCAAAGUGGAAAAGUCUAUCAAGUCUGAUGACUCACAACCAACUGUCUGGCCAGCACACGAAAUGAAGGAUGAUUAUGUGUUUGAAUGUGAAGUUGGUAAUCAGCUUCAGAAAACAAAACUGACCAUUUUUCAGUCUCUUGGCAAUCCUUUGUACUAUGGUAAAAUUCAGACACUCAAAGGCGAUGAGGAAAAUGACAACCUAUUAACUCCGUCACAGUUCCUUAUUGGUUCGAAGACUGAUGCUGAAAGGGUGGUGAACCAGUACCAGGAAUUAGUGCAAAAUGAAGCUAAAUGUACUGUGAAAAUGUUUCAUAAUUCAAGUGGAUCAGUCAGUCAUCUUUCUCCAGGGAAGGAAAUGGAACAGCCAGAAAGUGUAUCAGGCUCUGUUCAGUCUUCAGUACUGGGGAAAGGUGUAAAACACCGACCUCCUCCUAUCAAAUUACCUUCAAGUUCAGGAAGUAGCUCUUCAGGUAAUAUUUUUAGUUCACAACAGUCAAGUGGCCAUCUAAAAUCCCCAACUCCACCUCCUCCUUCUAAGCCUGCUGGUCUUUCUCGGAAACAAUCCAUGGAUCUUAAUCAAGUUAGCAUGCUCUCUCCAGCUGCCAUGUCUCCUGCGAGCUCUUCACAAAGGUCUGGAACUCCUAAACCAUCUACUCCUACUCCAACCAACACCCCUUCAUCGACCCCACACCCUCCUGAUGCUCAGAGCUCAACUCCUAUUACCCCUUCUGCCACCCCUACUCCCCAAGAUUCAGGCUUCACCCCUCAGCCCACUUUGUUAACCCCGUUUGCUCAGCAGCAAAUGUCUCUGAGCCAGGCACUGCCUGUAAUGACCAUUCCUCUUUCCACCAUGGUAACGUCCAUUACUACAGGAACAGCCUCCACCCAGGUCAUGGCAAACCCUGCAGGACUUAACUUCAUCAAUGUAGUGGGCUCUGUGUGUGGAGCACAGUCACUGAUGAGUGGUUCAAACCCUAUGUUGGGGUGCAACACUGGUGCCAUAGCCCCUGCAGGUAUAAAUCUGAGUGGCAUUUUACCCCCAGGAGGUCUGGUACCAAGUGCGCUGCCCGCUGCAAUGCAAUCUGCCUCUCAAGCAGGCAGCCCAUUUGGUUUGAAAAAUACAUCAAAUCUUCGGCCCUUAAAUCUUCUACAGCUUCCAGGUAGUUCAUUUAUUUUUAACCCACUCCAGCAGCAGCUGUUACAGUUUUCUCCACAGCAACAGUCUCAGCAGCCUACAGCCUGUAGUCCUCAGCAGCAGGGAGAACAGGGGUCUGACCAAGGUCCAUCCAAUCAAGAUCAGGCAUUAUCUGCCCAACAAGCUGCUGUAAUUAACCUGACUGGAGUAGGGAAUUUUAUGCAACCUCAAGCCACAGCAGUUACGAUUCUUGCAGCAUCAAAUGGCUAUGGCAGCGGCAGCAGCACAAGCAGCUCACCUGCAUCAUCAACAGCAUUCAGGCAGCCACACAAAAAGUAAAAGGAAAAGAGGCACACCAACCCCUCCAAAAUCAUGAGACUUGCCUACCCCCCAAAAAAUUUAUCUGAAGGGGAUUUUUUUUUUCAGAUUAUUAAGGAAAAGGCUUAAAAUUAAAUUAAGUGUUUUAUAUUACUGGUGGGAAAAUGAACUUUUGACAUUACGCAAGAAAUGAACUGAUUUUGGAAGCCAACCUUACAGAACUUAGAAAUUGCAUCUAUAAAGCGACUAGGAUCUGGUUUCCUCAAGUCCCUUAAUUUUUUAACAGAAUGUUUUAUCUUGUAUUUUUUACCACUCAACAAGAUUGUAAAUAGAAUAAGGGUGAAAAACAUUUUAGAGAAAAUGAACUUUGUAAAUGUAGUAUUGGUAUUUGUUUAUUUAGUAAAAAAGGUUUGUGAACACUGUAACAAAUACAAUUUUUACAAAUCCA